CAUGAUGAUGAACUUCUCUAACCUCGCUUUGCUGGUUUUUGCCGUCUGCAGCGUCCAUGGCGCUCAUGUGCCCUACAACCUUUUACAGUUUGGGCAGAUGAUCCAGUGUGCCCAGCCUCAGGUCAACCCUUUCAUCUACAAUGAGUACGGCUGCUGGUGUGGUCUCGGGGGGUCCGGCCAACCCAAGGACGUUAUUGACAUGUGCUGCCAGGUUCAUGACCGUUGUUACGAGGCCAGCCAUAGGCUGCCAGUAUGCAGACCCAUAAUUGAUGCGCCCCACAUCAAGGUGUAUGAUUUUACCUGUUCCGACCAACAGGUCAGCUGCCCAGCCUCUAAUGACGCGUGCCAGGCCGCGGUGUGUGAAUGCGACCGUGUGGCUGCCCACUGCUUCGCGACGCAUGCCGCUUCCUACAACACUGACUACAAGAACCUCAACUCUAAGGAGCACUGCCUUGACUGAGGUCUUCACAAAUGUGUCUGUCUGUCUGUCACAGGCCUACUGAUCUAAACGCAAUAAAACAUGUUUGAAUACUUUAAUGGAGCUGAUAUUAUUUAAAAUGUUAAUCAUUUAUGUGUAGAAUGGU